UAGUGCAAGUGGCUCUAACCAGUUUGUUACACUAACUGUCUUAUUUUUCGUUAAUAAUCUAAACUAUAAUAUUGUUGUUAAUAUUUUACAUAAUUAAAGCAUUAAUUGUGUGUGAUUUUUAGAUAUUUUAAAAGGAAAGAAAAAGUCGUAUCAUUUAUUUGCUUGAUCCAUGUGAAACCAUAAAAUUACGAGAACCAAUUUGGUUAAAAACAUUCUUCAGUAAUCAUGAAAACCUUAAUAAAGUUAUUCCUACUAGCACUAACAGUAGGAUUAGCUUUGUCAAGACAUUCAAUUCCUGUGCAAAUUGAAAUUACGACGGAUUACGAAGAAAGUGCAGUAUUGUGUUCCACAAAAUGUACUGAAGGAAUUUCAAAUGGCAAUGUAUUGUUUGACGAGAACACAAAAUAUGGGUAUGUGUUCAGCGGUAAGACCACUAUUAUCGCUCCGACCGGCACCGACGAGGGUAUAUCAGAAGUAUCGAUCAGAGGAAGAGCCAAUAUCAUCGGGACACAAAAAUGUGGCGCCAUCCUUUAUAUUAAGCAUAUUGAAAUAACUCAAGGAGGAUCGAAGACUUAUGGCCAAGGCGACUUAAAGGAACUAGAAGGCAAUCCAAUUCUGUUUUCUUAUAAUAACGGAAAAAUCGGUCAGAAUUUCUGUUCAUUACCACAUGAGUCUACCGCCUCGUUGAAUUUAAAACGAUCAAUUCUAUCAGCAUUGCAAGUGUCGUCGGUACAAGAAAAUCAAAAAAAUCUUUUUGAGACUGAUAUUCAAGGGACGUGCAAUACUACAUACUAUCCAUGGACAUCGUCGGACUCGCAAUUUACAAUAACGAAGGAAAAAGAUCUCACAAAAUGCACAGGACACGACAAAAUAAAUUUGUUGGGAUUGUCAUCGGCACAAUCGUAUCCGAUUUAUAAAGAUUCUCCGUUCUCAACAGCCGUUCAAAGUUCUGAAUUCAAAAUAAAAGAGUCCACAUUAGUAUCGGUCGCCAACAAAGAGAUUUUCCUCUAUCAACCGCUUAGUGCAAUCGAUGUAGUAACUAAAAUCAAGGUUUCCAUGACCAUACAAUUAGCGAAAAUGUCAACGUUUCGCCCUCCGGAUUUAAGCCGUCUGUCAAAAUGCCGAUCUAUUAUGUUUGAAAACCCAACUGCAAUGAUUGGAUCGGCAGAUACGGACGCGUUAAUUGCUGCAACCAAAUUGGCUUUGACUAAACUCGAGCCAAUAGUCGACAUGGACGGUGCUAAUAGUUUUUCAAAUUUAAUACAAUUAUUAAAAGUGGCAAAGAAGGACGACAUACUUUCUGCGUUCCAGAUGAUAAAGAGCGGUAACGUUGGAUUUGAGGAUACCAACGUAGCGGAGGAAAUUUUCAUAGAUGCACUAAUGGCUGCUAAUAGUGGUGAAUCUAUUGAAGCUGCUGUAGAACUCAUAGAUAGUAAACAGUUAAGCGAUUCAUUAACAAUUUCGUGGUUUAAUAACUUGGCAAACGCAAAAAAUCCCACCAAAGAGGCAGUGGUCAAAGCAUCAAGCUUGCUCAAUGACAGAGCUCUAAAAGAGGGCUAUCUUGGAGUUGGCGCUUUGUUAAGACAAUACCUACAAGACACUCAGGAUUUUAAUAGUCCUGAAGUAGUAAAUACUUUAAAUAAUUUGGGAAAUCCGUUAAAGAAAGUGGGCUAUGGUUCAUUAUCAGCUAACGACGAAGAUUUAAUUAUUGCUAGUCUAAGAAGUAUCGGCUAUGUUCAAUAUAUAAAUAGUGAUCUAGAAGAUUUGAUUAUUCAGAUUACUAUGGAUAAAAAUACUAUUCAAAGAAUUAAAGCAGCAUCAUUAGCUAUGCUUAAAAUCUAUGCUAAAAAUUCAAAGGUGGAGAAAGCUUGUGAAAACAUUUUUACCGAUACCUUGGAAGAUUCCGAAUUACGUAUUUUAGCGUUCAAAGUAUUUGCCAUUAAUCCAACCAACUCUAAAGCAUCUGUUAUAAAAGAUGUAUUAGAUGACAAAAACACCCAACUUCAAAUCCGAGCUUACUUACUCAGCUACUUGAGUAACUUGCAGACUACGACAGAUGAAGAUAAACUAGACCAAAAACAGUUUUAUGAAGGCAUUAUGAUUAAGUCAUCAAAAAAACCACUCAAUGAUAUUUUACGUUACUCGCAGAAAUUGGAGUAUUACCAUCAAUGUCCUCUACUACAUAGUGGAUUUUUGUUGGACGGAGAAGUUAUUUAUUCAUAUAAAACAUUUUUGGCACGGUCUUCUUCUGCAUCACUUAAAACGUACAUGUUUGGACGUAAAUAUGAUGUUUUUGAUAUUGAUGUCCGUUUUGAAAAUUUGGAACCACUACUGGAAAAACUAUUUGGACCCGAAGGAUAUUUUGCAAAAAGUAAAGGAUCUACUUUUGAUGAUGUUAAAAAUUAUGUAACUCAGGCAAUAAAUUAUGCUAAGAAUAGUGUAGAUUCUGAAUCAUAUUCUAAACAAGACUGUGAAAAUAUUCCUGAAGGAGAAAUGAAAAAAAUGUAUAUUGAUAUUGCACUUAAAUUAUUCGGAAAUGAUCUUGGUUGGUUUACAUUCCAAGGAAAUGAAUGUCAAAUUACUUAUCAACAUAUAAUUGAUGCUAUACUUAAAAAUUUUGAUAGUUCUAUAACUGAAAAAAAGAGCAUAGAACUGAAUAUAAGGAAACAAAUACCAAUCGUCGAUUUCGAAAAUAAGUACGCAACAUGUUCCGGACUUCCAAUAUCCUUAAAAAUCCAAGCUACGUCAGCUAUUAAAUUUGAUAUAGCUACUACGUUUGAUUUAGAAAGUUAUUUUAAACAUCCGGAAAAUUCAAAUUUUGCACUCAAACUUAUACCUAGUGGUUCACUUGAUUUUAACUCUUUAUUGACAAUCGAUGGAUAUACUGUUGAUGUCGGAUAUAAAAUAUCAUCCUCACUCCAUACUUCCACAGGAUCCGAUGUUUCGUUAGAGACGGUUCAAAAUCGAGGUUUCCAAAUAGUUUAUGGACUUCCUUUGGAUGUUAUGGAUAUACUGACUAUAAAAUCUGGAGCUUAUUCAAUAGUACAAGAAAAGGGAAGUCAAUCGGUUGAAACACCUCUUUCGUCUACAGAUGUUGAAACGCAAUCAUAUACAAGAACAUUUGAUGAAUUUAAGGAUACUUCAGGGUUAUCGUUUUACAUUAAUUAUGAUUGUCCUUGGAAUGGAGAAUUAAAAUCUUUACUACCAUUUUCUGGUCCAUCGUCAUUUUCUUUAAAAAUUUUGAAAGUUGAUGAAAAUUUAACUAAAUAUGUUGUGAAAGGAAAUUACAACUUUAACUCAACAACCGUAAAAUAUAUUAAGUUCGUAUUUGUUACACCGGAUGCAAACAUCAAACGUGGUUUGGAGUUACUCUUCGUUUAUGAUACUAAAGUACAUAAAAAAAUAUUAGCAGAGUUUAAAACUCCAUUCACUAAAAAAAUUCUGCAAGGUACAUUAGUUGAUUCCAAUGAACAAAAAACCAUAGAAAUUAAAUAUAUCGAUGGUUCUCAGCACAUUUUUAAUGCUGGAGUAAAAUGUGAAAAAGUGGAUGAUGAAACAAUAAAAUAUUCACCAAUAUUCGAAGCUAAAUACUCUACAGGAGUGAACACUAAAAAACACAGACAUCAUCUUAUACCUGCGUUUGACAUAGAAGGGUACGUUCUCGUGAAACAUAAUAAUACGAAUCCUGAAAGUAAUUAUCCAACGAAAUUAACUUUAAGAGACAUUGCUGUUGUUACUACAAAGAGCAGACAUUCUUUACAAGGGUCGUUUACUUUUGAAAACAAUGAAAUAUUAGGGGAUGUUAGUUUAACUGCUAAUAGUCUUACUAUUAAUAUGGAGGGACUUCUUAGUGGAGAUUAUCCGAUUUUCAAAAUGAACUUAAAUUUAAAUAUGACUAAAAACGAACAAGCCGAUCAGCAAUUGGAAACUGAUGAAAGCUAUGAUGAUAAACCAAGUUCCAAAUUCGUAGCUUUACUACGCAAAGUUAAGACUUUGAAUUUACUCACAUCCCAUGAACUUCACAUUGAAGCACCAUAUGUAUUCUUAAGUAAACAUUAUAUCCGCUUGGACGAUGAUUAUUUAGAAGCAAACUGUGACAUACUAAUUGAAAACAAUGAACCCACAAUAUACGGAAAUAUUUCGGCUUCCAAUGUUCUCGAUUUGGCAUUUAAUGGUAAUAUCACUGUUCUGCCGAUAACUGAAGACACGGGACUAUUUAUUCGUGGAAUUUUAGAAAAUUCUCUUGUUUCGGACUCAUCAAAUACUGGAUAUAGAGAUUUUAAAUAUGUUCAAAAUAAGAAUAUAGAAGGUAGUUAUUUUGAAUUUAAUUCAGAAUAUCCGCAAACAUUUGGAAAAUAUCAUAUUAAUACAGUACAACAGUUUACGGAUGAUUUUUACAAGUAUACUCUUCAUUAUGAUAUCCACGAUGGUUCCACAUUUAUGGCCGACAUAAAUGUUUUAAAAGAUGAUAUUUCUUGUAAUAUUACCUAUGAUUCACCCAAUCCUGAAUAUAAUUCUUAUAUGAUAGUACAUGGUUGGUUAGAAACAAGAAACACGUAUGCAAUCAAUACAAAUGUCUUAUGGCCUGGUGAUCAAAAUUCAAACUAUUUGAAUGCAACUGGAAAAAUGCUUUUGAACGGACGUCAAAUCCACAUGAGUGGAAACAUUGAUUUUCCAUUAGCACAUUUGGUAAAUGUCCAUUUAUCAGUAAAAAGUAAACCUGACCCCGAAAUUGAAGAUGGCGGAUUUGCUACAGUUCGCUACAUAUCUAAUAAUCAAGUUUUAUUAUCUGAAAAGUUCAAGUAUAAAUUAACACUAAACGAUGGUGAAUUUUAUGUGUUUGGAGAGAGUAUUCCCAAUGAAUCACAAAAUGUCAAACCUAUUAAUUUUGAAAUAAUAUACAAAAAUUACACUGAUGAACAAUACUCUACUGGAAAACAAAUCGGGUACAAAAUUGAACUGGAACAAAAUAAUCAGCAAAUUCUAUACCAAAAACAUUUGGAAGUCACUAAUCACACGCUUAACUUAAGACACCUACACAAAAUAGAUGAUGACGAACAAAACAUAAAUAUGAACUUAGAAUAUGAUAUAAUAAGUUUAUUCGACUGGUCUUAUAAUUUAGUAUUUAAAGUAAAUUCCUCGAGUAUUUUUCAUUAUUUUACUAAUGAUGACCAAAAUGUAUUAGAAUUUAGAUCUUAUAAAAAAAUUGGUAAUUACUCAUUAGAUGAAGAGCAUUCUCUUCAAAUUUAUUCAUCAGACGUUUUAACUGACUUGUAUAAAAUUAAAUGGUUUACAAACUAUGAAAAAACAGCAUUCAAGUUUUUGUAUAAGCAACGAGAAAUAAGAGGAUUAGCGCAUUAUAGCUUAGGCCAUAUAAAUGGAGGAUAUCAUUUGAAUUAUGCGGGCCAAUUGUGGUUAGACUAUCAAAAAGACUCAGAUUCUGAAAGCUCCUUGUCAAUCAAUAGUUACUAUUCACUUGAGGAUGGACUUUCUGCAGCCAGUGACAUAAAAAUAUAUGUACCAUUAUUUAAUAACAAGGUAAUGGGUGUCAAAACCGAUGUUCGGAUGUUAAAGAGCUGGGAAAAUCCUUUGAAAAUACUAUUAGAACUUGACAUUUUCUCUUCUACAAAGCAAACAUUAAAACUUCAUACUAGUUUGAACAGAGACAUUCAAGAUAGUGGAGUUUUAUAUUCUGCCUUGUUAGAAGCUGAAAGCGAUGGAAUGAAAUUGGAUUAUGCUGUCAAAGAUUCUUUGUAUAUUUCAAAUGAAAAAUGGGGAAAAUAUUUAGAUGUACGUUUCAUUGACUCGAAUAAUACUGUUAAGCCUAUUCAACUACAUUUUGAAUUAGUGCCUAAAGGAUUUACUAAUAAAAUUAAUAUUUUUGAUAUUGCCGUGAUCGAUGUCGAUUCGUCAAUUAUGGUCAAAGACGGAGUUUUGAAUACACGUUCAAACAUACAUUACAAUGAACGUCCAUAUUCCUUUGAAUUGUCGUUAACCGCAAAUCCAAGUUUCAAAUUCAUAAUGGGAUGGGAAGAUAAAAUGGGAAGUCAAGAACAGCUGAUAGUCGACGGUUCUAUUGUUAUGGAUGAAUCGGCCGUUAUUAGUGCUACUCGUGUUCAAAACAAUGGCAAUGACGUUAUGCCUGUGGGAUACGUAAAAAAAUCCUUAAACGAAGAAAAUUGGUGGGAAACAAAUAACCAUUUGAGUACAGAUCAAACUAAUGAAAUUUGGCAAUCAUUAAAGGGACAAUUUAUUGAAAUAUUUAUAAAUGUACACAGUAAUAUGAAAAAUAUAAUUGAUGUUGCCAAACGACAGCGUAGAGUACGCUUCCACGAAGCAAGAAAAGCUCAACCACAAUAUCGUGCAUUGGUAAAUUAUACGCGCGACGAGUUUAACCAAAUACUUCAAGAAGUAUCGAAUGAUGAUUAUAUACAACAAGUACCAAUGUUGAUACAAAAUUCCAUAGAAGCCGUAUUUUCCGAUGUUAUUGAUUUUAUUGAUCAUAACGGUCACUACUUCAGAGAUUCGAUUAGAUAUAUAAAUAGAAAAAUGGGAAAUUAUUUAAAGAAAAUAUACAUGUAUUAUUCAGAACAAGUAAACAUAUUCAUGGAUAAAUUGGAGCGUGAUAUUGAUGAAUUAAUCGACCAAGUGAAGCUUACUUUACGUGACUUAUUAAGACAGUUAAAUCUAUAUACUGACGAACCAAUGAAUGAUAUGGAAUCAUCAGAACCUCGUUCGGUUAAAGAGUACUAUGAUAGUGUUAUGGAUAAACUUAUGAAAGCAAUCGAGGGACUUGAAGAUAAAAUAAAUAACCUUAAAGACUUAGCAGAAGAUUAUAUCAAGAGUUUAUCGAUUUAUGACCAGUUGCAAGAUAAAAUUGAAGAAUUAAAAUCAUAUCCUUUCAAAGAAAAAUUAUGGGAGGAAAUACACAAAUAUUUGCAAGAACUAGAAAUGUCAGCUCCAACUAUAGAUUUUGCUAGUUUUAUCAAAGCUUUAGAUAAGUACAUAAAUAAUGUCAUUCAUGAUAUACCGGUGAGCCAGAGAGAGAUAAUAACCUUAAGGAAUAGAGGACUUAUAGUUGUGAAGUCAUUGAUAUUUGAUUUCUCCAAUUACGUGGAUCACGAGAGAGCAAUGAAUAUUUAUAAUGCAUUGCGUAAACUUACUAACUUUUGCCAGACUAUUCUUCAUAUAGCCUCACCGAACACAUUCCCAUAUCCAACCAAUGAUAAACCUUUAUUAUUCGAAUUCAAUGAAUAUAAUAUGCAGUUGUAUCAUAAAUAUGCGAAUCCGUCGAAUUUAAUACCACCGUACGAUGUCCAAAGUGUUAUUAUCGACUCCACCAAUAUAAUCACGUACAAUGGUCAACCCUACAGCUUUAUGCCAAAUACUGGAUGUUAUACGUUGGCUGAGGAUUAUGUAAACAACAAAUUUUCAAUACUUGCCUAUUACGAGAAUAACAUUUUAACAAAAUUAUCGAUUUCAACAUAUAAUGGCGAAACAUACGAACUACUUUCUGGAGGAAGUGUCACUGUAAAUGGUAAAGAUGCUGAUUUUCCACUUACAAAUGACAAUUUAAAAACCUGGAAGGAUGUUUAUUACUUUGAAAUCGACAUUGCUGUUGGUGUCAGUAUUAAAUGCACUUUGGAUUUCAACAUUAUUCAAGUAUUUAUUAAUGGAUACUAUUAUGGUCAAGUGCGUGGUUUACUAGGAUCAAUGUAUCAAGAACCUAAAUUUGAUUUCAAACUUCCUAACGGAGAAUUAUCCGAUGACAUGGCAUCGUUUUUGUCGGCGUACAGACAAUCUGGAAACUCCGAACCGACUAACAUCGAUUUACUGCUAACCGAUCAACCACUAUGUUCCAGCUUAUUUUCAGGAAAAUCUUCUUUAAAACCGUUUUUCCAAGCUAUUUCACCAACAGCGUAUAGAACGAUUUGCAAUCAAAUCGUUUCUUCAGCUACAUCUGAGCAAGAUAGUUUGGAUAAGGCUUGUUUAGUGGCAAAAGCUUUCGUAAGCACGGCCAGACAAAACUUUAUGUCAAAUUGUGAUAUUCCAGAUAUGUGCAUAACGACAUCGAUACACGAAAGAACGAUAGACGCGACGACGAAUGUCCAAAUAUCUGAACCAAAUGACGUAGCAGAUGUAAUGAUUUUGUUCGAAGAGGCCGUAGAAAUUGAACAAACAUUUUCGAAAAUAUUGAAUCCUUUCAUAAAAAAACUUACAAGCAAUUUUAACAGAAAAGGAAUAAAUGACGUCAAAUUUAUUUUUGUUGGAUACUCUGGAAAAUGUACAGAUUCUGAAGUGCAUAUGUAUACAACUAAUGGUGAAAAUGGCUAUACACAAAUAAUGAGUAACAUGCCGGAAUGGACAUCAGACGCUCAGACUACCACUGCUGACGAUGACGUAGAAACAAGUAGACUGCAAUCUCAGAUGAUACAUUCAUUUAAAAAAGUUAUGGGUCAAAAUUCAAAAGACAAAGCGUACAAACUUUCGGCCGACUAUCCAUACAGAGCGAAUGCUAUUAAAGUCGUCUUGUCUGUCGCACAAUCUCUAUACGAUGCCCAAAGUCCCGUUAUAGGCGUAUCUCAGUACACGUUCAACUACGUAACGUCAUGGUAUACGAAACAAGGCAUUUCCUUUUACCUGAUUGCUCCCAUCAAUUUGAGUGAUAAUUCGGAUGAUGAAAUAUUCGGAGCGAGUGGUGUGAACACCAUUUACACACUUUCGUCGCCGAAUGGUAAAUCCAGCGACUAUGAGUAUACUUAUAACAAAUCAUUAGAGACAAAUUUGGUGUUAAUGACAAGUGGUACCAUGUAUGAUCCACGGAUUUUCACCCAAACCACGAAUUCACAAUUAAAGAUUUUCUUGCAUUCGAUAUGCAAGACCAUAGUAGAUAUGUCCGUUAGUAAUUCAGUGGUCGAGAAAAGUUGUUCUAGUUCAUUAUAUAACGGAGUGAUGCCAUACGCGAAAUGCGUUGUCGUCAUGAAUUGAUCUAUGAAAAACAUGCAGAGUUAUACAAAGUGUUACAAAUACGCACGUAUUUUGGUCAAAUACUCAAAUGAAAUAUUUAAACCAACAAUUAUAUAUUAUUUUUUAAAUCAAAAAUAUGUAUUACCAAAAAAAAAAAAAAAAUGUUAAAAAUUAUUAUAAUUAUUAUUAAAUUAGUAUUACUGUCAUAGUAGUUAUUACUAUUAUAUUUGUUAAUUAUUAUUACAUACUAUUAAAAAAAAAUAAAAUAUUUAAACGGCAUUGAAAA